UUUGAUAUGACAUCCCUGUCUGGCAGCCAGGAGGUGAGCCUGGCCGAGCUGCGCAUCCGUCCACAUGCUCUGUCCUUCUCCUUGUCCCACAACAUCACCAUGGACAUCUACCACAGCCCGCGGCAGCCGUGCCAAGGCACCAAGGAACUCUUCCUGGGCACCGUGGCUGGUGGUCCCUCAUCCCAUCAGGCCGGUUGGGCAGUGUUCAACAUCACCAGCACCCUCAGAGCAUGGCUGCACCAGGACACAGCUCCUGAUCCUGCAGCCGCCCCGCUCACUGCCCCACCGGACCCCCAAGAGACAACAGUGCCCCAGGAGCUGGCAGACAGCGUCCUGCUGCUCGUCUUCUCCAAGGACAAAGCACCUGGAGAGCACAGCCUCCUCAGGGCAGUGGAGAACUCCAAGCACAUCAUGCGUGAUGGUCCCAGGGAUGUCGGCACCCGUCGGCACCGCCGCACCAGGAAGGAGAGGCAGAGGCUCAGGAUGAACGAUGCUCCUGCUGCCAGCCAGGGGGACGAGGCCAAGUCCCUGUGCAGGAGGGUGGACAUGACGGUGGACUUUGAGCAGACGGGCUGGGGCAGCUGGAUCGUCUACCCCAAAAAGUACAACGCCUACCGCUGCGAGGGGCUGUGCCCAUCACCUGUGGAUGAGAGCUUCAAGCCCACCAAUCACGCGUACAUGCAGAGCCUGCUGCAGCUCUACAAGCCCAACCAGGUGCCGUGCCCUGCCUGCUCCCCCGUCAGGAUGAGCCCCCUUUCCAUGCUGUACUACGAGAAGGGCGAGAUCGUCGUCCGCCACCACGAGGAUAUGGUCAUCGAGGAGUGCGGCUGCAACUGAGGGAGCUCAGCCCCCACUGCACCCAGCCCACAGCUCCUCUGCAUCCCGCAUGCCUGCAGGUCUGGCUGUGCUGGGAAAGGAGCGGGGAUGCAGCAGGGAACGUCCCUGCAGUGGCGGUGCUGCAGGGCACAGCCAGACCCAGGUGAUGCGUGGGGAAGUCACUGGGUGCUGCUCUGCGGGAGAAGUCUGAGCUCCCCGAGCUCCCUCCUGGUGAAUGCUGUGCAGGGCUCUGUGUGUUGCACACCAUGAACACCUCCUGGUGCUGGAGGAUCUCCGAGGGACACCUGCAGCACUGAUAUCCAUCCACGCUCAGCAUCCAAAGAACUGAGAUUUGCAGCGUUCUUCAAGGCUCUGGGCAUUUUCUUUGAUGUUUUCUAUUGUACUUGGAAUAAAAUUCUAUCCAAUUUGUAUUAAAAGUUUCCAGUAAAAGCCUAGGUGAACUGGGUGCCCCUGGAAGCAGCAUAUCCAAGCCCCCCUGCCCUCCUUCCUG